AUGUCCAACACUAUGACCAUGACCCCUCUCCUCCUCCUCCCUCUAUUCCUCCUCUCUCCCCUUUCCAUCGCCGCGUCAACCGCCGCCCACCCCACUAUCCCGGGCACUGCAGACACCUCAGUCUCCUCCUCCCAGCCGGACAACCUGAUUCCAAACCGCAACGAAAUCUAUGGCAAUGGCAAAAUCUUUGACAUCAGUCACAGGUACACAAACGAUAUGCCGAUUUGGGACUCUAAAGAUGGGCUGGGAAAGUUCCUGUCUUUACCAGCCAGCAUGAAAAAUGGGUCUCUCGCUAACAAUUCAGAGAUGAAGCUGCCUGCUCAUACUGGCACGCAUGUUGACUCACCUGGACAUGUUUUUGAUCAUUACUUUGAUGCUGGGUUCGAUGUUGACACUCUUGAUCUUGAAGUCCUUAAUGGUCCUGCUUUGUUAGUGGAUGUUCCAAGGAAUUCUAAUAUAACUGCUGAAGUUAUGAAGUCCUUACACAUUCCAAAGGGAGUGCGUCGUGUGCUUUUCAGAACACUAAACACUGACAGGCGGCUUAUGUUCAAAAGGGAGUUUGACAGAAGUUAUGUGGGAUUCACGAAGGAUGGCGCAAAAUGGUUGGUAGACAACACUGACAUCAAGCUUGUUGGAAUUGAUUACCUCUCUGUUGCUGCCUGGAGUGAUUUGAUUCCAUCUCAUCUUGUCUUUCUAGAAGGCAGGGAAAUCAUCCUUGUGGAGGCUCUAAAACUUGAUGACAUCCAACCUGCAUUAUAUUCUGUCCAUUGCCUACCCCUGAGGUUGUUUGGUGCUGAGGGAUCUCCAAUACGAUGCAUUCUCAUCAAAUGA